GUAUUUUGUUGGUGGUCUGAAAACUUCCUAUUUCGGGUCACCCAGUUGUCAAAGCUGGACAUUUUUUAACGGACACCAGAACGAUUAUACCGACAUUUUGUGAAAUUUAAGCGGCGGUUGACUUCGCAACGGUGUGUGACGAUGUCCGGAGAAAUGUCUAUGAUUGGUUCGGUGAUCCUGGCCCUGUUCCUGGCUGGUUACCUGGGCCAGCAGUACUUACCGCCCCCAAAACCGAAAGUGAUCGGCCUGGACCUGGGCACCACAUUCUGCUCUGUCGGCGUCUUCCACCCGGGCAGCGGGGAUGUGGAGGUGAUCGCGGAUGAAGACGGGAGGAAGAGCAUCCCUAGCGCCGUCUCAUUCACCACCGCUGCGGUGCUAGCUGGACAUGAAGCCGUGGACCUGGCCGACAGCAACCCCCAAAACACCAUCUACGAUGCCAAGAGGUUCAUCGGGAAGAUAUUCGAUCCCGAGGUCCUGGAGCAGGAGAGUGCUCGGUAUCCGUUCAAGGUGAUUUACAAUAAUGGAAGUGCAGAGUUUCAGAUCUCCACCAACCAUACCUUCACUGUAAGCCCAGAGUUCAUCAGCUCCAGGCUGCUGCUGAAGAUGAGGAAGAUGGCUGAGCGACAGCUGGGUGUGCCCAUCCAGAAAGCUGUCAUCUCAGUGCCGGCAGAGUUUGACGAGAGACAGAGGAACUACACUGUCAGGGCUGCCAACCUUGCUGGCCUGGAGAUCCUGCGUGUGAUCAAUGAGCCCACGGCUGCAGCCAUGGCCUAUGGCCUGCACAAGGUGGAUGUGUUCAACGUGUUGGUGGUCGACCUCGGGGGAGGCACCCUGGAUGUUUCUCUGCUCAACAAACAGGGAGGCAUGUUCCUCACCAGGGCCAUGGCAGGGAAUAACCAGCUGGGAGGUCAAGACUUCAGCCAGAGGUUGCUCCAGUACACCACAGAGCGAGUCCGACAGGAGUUUGGCAUCCCACCAACUCUUAAAGAGGACAUCCACCGUCUUCGACAGGCCGUGGAAGCCGCCAAGCUCAAUCUCACCCUCCAACCCAGUGUCACCCUCAGGGUACCCCUGCACCUUCACACCCACGACAGCUCUGAGUCACCCGAAGGCUCUGCUCCGGUUCUCUUCCAGGUUGUGAUCACUCGCGAGCUGUUCGAGGAGCUCAACGACGACCUUUUCCAGAAGAUCCUGGCUCCCGUUGAGACCGUGUUGGCUGAGGGCCACCUGGAGAAAGAGGACGUGGAUGAGAUCGUUCUGGUCGGGGGGUCCACCAGGAUACCACGCAUCAGGAGGCUGAUCAGCGAGUACUUUGGGAAGGAGCCCAACACAUCUGUAGACCCUGACCUGGCUGUGGUUACAGGCGUGGCCAUUCAGGCUGGCAUCAUGGGUGGCUCCUGGCCUUUACAAGUGAGCGCUAUAGAAAUCCCAAACAGACACCUUCGCAAGACGAACUUCAGCUAAAGGGCCACAGAGACUUGUCUGAUUUAUGUGCAUAAUAUAAAAUCUGCAGAAGUGAGAAAAAGACCAACAAAUACACUGUCACCUGAAUGAAGACAGGCGAGACGCUCACUCAGGUUCUCCAACUCAUUUCAUGCUUUCUUGUUUGUGACAGGUGGCGGUAGCAGAAAAAUAAGUAACUGAUAACAUCUGCAGAAAUGAACUGUCCUGUGUCCGUUCUUUAAAGUCACAGCUGCUUUUGUUGUGCACGAAGCGUCAGCAGAAAUAACAGCGUGAGUUACAGAUGAGAUGUGAACGAGGAUCUACUGAUCCAUUCAGCCUCACUGAUGAUGCUUAUUCGUGGUAGAUACUUUAACGGUGUUCAAUUCAGGGAACAACUUUUUAAGGACUUAAAGAUUAACCAGUACAUCUUCGGCUAUUUAUUUAUUUAUUCCCACCAACUGUGUGUGUGUGUGUGUGUGUGUGUGUGUGUUUGUUUUUUGUAGGCCUUUUUAAUGUAAUUUUGUUUUUACAUCUUUUCAUUGAAGGUUGACACACAGUGUGCUUGUGCCUGUUCAGAGAGCUGCUAUAUUGUUUGAAGUGUUGAGGUGAACCUCUGGAGUUGUGGGGGACAGAGGGACACCUCAGUGUAAAGACACAGUUAUGCACAAUUCAUAAAAGAAAUUGCAGUGCAAUAUGGACUACUCACCUCAUAAAUAAGGAGCCCUGGUGAGGUGCGGAGCCCCCAGCUAAUAGAUGAAAGUGCAUGCGGGAGAAAGCCUUAAUGUUUACACAGUGCUGUAAACGCACCACCCUUCCCUCUGAAUAAAAGCCUGCAUUAUUUGCUUCGGAGAGUGAAAGAGAGAGGAGUCAUGCUAAAUGCUGCACUUUGAGGACGUCCAGUCGUCGGCUAACUUUACUUUUUUGUGCAUUUGCGCAUGCUUUAUUUAAAAGGCAAUAACUUACGCUGACUUCCACACUUCAGAUAUUUGUGCUGUUUAUCAGAGUUAAGAGUAAAAAUCCUGCUUUUGCUGCUGUAGGUAGAGGAGGUUGACUCUGGUAGUCCCACAGGAGGACCAAAGCAUUGCUUACUGGUGCCUUGUGUAUUUGAUCUUGUUACGGUCACAUAUCAGAUGUUUGAUGGACCUGAGACAUGGUUUGUGGUCAUCAGGGUGCCUCAUUAUUUGUUUAAUGUAGUAUGAAGAAAAUGUGUUUCAAUGGUUCUUAUUCUGGUGGACAGUAGGCUGGUUAUUGUAUAUCCAGUCUGAAAGUUAAUUUCCAUUCCAAAGUUCUGUCUUUGGAAAACCCAGAUCUCUGUAGUACAGAACUCAAGUUACCUACAUUCCCUUGGGAAGUAUAACUUACUUUUGCCUAAUGUCAUUCAUGAGUACUUGUAUUGUGUUUUUCUCCAAAUGUUUCUCUGGAACUGCGAUCUUGAUGAAACAGAGCCUUUAGUAAUUAAUUUGCCUUUGAUGCUGUACAAAUCAUGUAUUGGUCCCUGUUGAAAUAGGGAGGAAAAAUAAACUGAGAUUAGGAUCUAUUUUUAUAUCACGUUUUACCCAUUGUCAAGAGUCUAGCCACCUAAAAAAGUCUAACAGUUAUGACCUGCUCUUCAGCCAAUUAAAAUUCAAUUUCUCAACUUC